GUUUAUCAUUCCAAUUUCAUGCCUUUAGAAUGGACAGUACCACAUAGAGAAGAAAAUGUCUGCUAUGCCAAACUAGUGUGUUUAAAAACAGAAAAGGAAAGAGUUGUAGGUUUCCAUGUGUUAGGACCUAAUGCUGGAGAGAUAACACAAGGUUAUUCUAUAGCUAUGAGAAAAGGGGCUACUAAAGAAGAUUUUGAUAUGACUAUUGGUAUACAUCCAACAUGCUCUGAG